GCGUGAAUGCGGUAGUGGAGUCCUGGCUGUAGGUUGACGUUACAGAGAUCUGUGUACAGACAGAACCCCUACCAGCCACACCAGCGGGGGCCGUGGGGUCUACCAAGGAGAGCCCGAGGCGGGUUCAACCAGCAUGGGGAACCGAGAGAGCGGCUGCGGCGGAGGGAGCGGCGACGAGGAGGACAUGGAGACGGAGAGUCCCGGUUUCGCGGAAGACAACCUGGCCUCUGCGGCCAUUGGCGGAGCCGUCGGAGGCACCGGUUCAGGGAGAAACGGAAGAGGGUCCAAUAACCCCCCCGCGGCCACCGAGGGACCCCCCAGCCCCGCAGUCCUCUUAGAACAAGUGAAACUCAGAGAGGCGGCCGCCCGUGUCAGCGACUCGGGGGUCACCAUUCACGAGUCCGUCCUGUCCGGGAACGAGGGCGUCCUGAUCCGGUGGCUGGAGGACCGGCUGAACCGCGGCGAGGAUUCCGUCAAUGUUGAGCAGUUCUGUGAAAUGCUGGAGAGCAGAGAUGCUCCCAGGAAUGAAUGCGAGGAGGCGUUUGGACAGUUUGAUGCAGAGGGGGAUGGAGUGGUGGACAUAGAGACCAUGCUGAUUGCACUAAAGAACUCCAAUGGAGCUAAUCUACAGGGAGAACUGAGUCAUGUGAUAAGACAGCUCCAGGCGUGUUCCCUAACACCAGGUUUUGUCGACAUAUUUUCUAAGAGCAAAGACAGAUUAGGAUCUCACGCCUCGAAGAUCCUCAAAUUCCUACACAGGAACCGUAUUCCCAGCAGUGCCAUCCCUUUCCCCAUUUUAGAGGGCUACAACAGCAUCUGCACCAUGAGGUCCAGUGUGGUUCAAGACUUCUUGGAGUUCCUCCUGCAGAAGGAGAAAGAUUUAGAUAUUCAGUACAGAGCAGCGCUCGACCGUGAUCCGGAUGUAGAUAAGGUCAAGGUGGUCACCCAGUGCUAUAGCACUAUAGAAGCUUCCUCCAAUGUCCCUGACGUCUAUAAGAUGACCAACGGAGAAACGUCAUCUUUCUGGCAGUCGGACGGCAGCGCCCGCUCACACUGGAUACGGCUGAAGAUGAAACCAGAUGUGGUUCUGAGGCGUCUGGCUAUUGCCGUGGCUUCCAACGACCACAGCUACAUGCCUCAGCUGGUCUCGGUAUCUGUGGGGAAGACACGGCGCUCCCUGCAGGAGAUCAGAGACAUCCGUAUACCCAGCAACGUCACGGGCUACGUGGCUCUGUUAGAGAACGCCAACAUCACCCACCCCUACGUCCAAAUCAACAUCAAGCGAUGCCUGAGUGACGGAUGCGACACGCGCAUCCACGGGUUGAAGACGCUGGGUUACCAGAUCACCAAGAGCAAAGAGGUGUCCGUGUCGGACGCCUCGGCCAUCUGGUACCUGUCUCUGCUCACCUCUUUGGUCACCGCGUCCAUGGAUACCAACCCCGCCCUGGCUCAAACCGUGCUCCAAAUCACACAGAAAGCCUUGCAGCACAUGCCUCCACUGUCGCUGACGCCAUCCUCCACUGAGUUCCCCAAGUUCUUCUCCCUAAACAUACUGGAGGAGGUGGACGGCUUUCUCCUCCGGAUCGCAAACUGCUGCGUGAGCCCCGACGCAGAGAUGACUCUCUUGGCUUUCGCUCUGGCCAGAGGCAGUGUGGCCAAAAUCCUCCAGGCCCUGUCCUGCAUCAGCGAUCAUCUCCAGAUCAAGUACAAGGCCUCAUCCGUCAUCCUCUCCAUGGCUUCUGUUAGGCUCCGGUUGCUUUACUGUAACGGGAAGCCGCUCCAGCUGCACCUGCAAGCCUGUGACGUCAAAAGUAAAGAGGAGAAGUCAGGCCCAGAGAACAUGCUUAGCGAUUCUUCUACCGGAGAUGGUUUUCUCACAGAAAGCGGCAGGAAGAAAGCCAGCGUGAUCCUUUCCACGGAGGACCAGAGCAACUUCCAGGUCACUCAGAUGAAGAUCAAAGUGCGGAAAGGAGCCAUUGGGGCCAAGUGUGGCUUGGUGUUCGCCUACAUGGAGGACGACUCCUUUGAUGCAGAGAAACAUUUCAAGAGGUUCAAAAAGUACGACUCGUGGAACUACAAGGACUACAAGGAGUUUGUACAGGACAGUGGGAGGAUUUCAGCGCAGAGUGAGGAUGAGCCGAUCGGCUGGUUUGAGCUGGAAGAGGACUGGAAUGAUGUGGAGAUCAAGCUGCAGCAGUGCCGCGUCGCCAAGUUCCUGAUGGUGAAAUUCCUCUGCACCAGGCAGGACUCAGCCGAGCGGCUCGGUGUGCAGAACCUCAGCUUCAGUGGCUACCUUUGCCCCGGAACAGAGAGGCUGGUUGACCUGGACGACCUCAGCAGCCAGGGGGAGAGUCUGGAUCAUGAUGGUGUCUCUGGCCUUUGUCUAUUAAACAAGACACUUUUCUUCAUACAGCAGCUCACACGAGACACGGAUGCCUCACACUUCAAGCAGAAGUAUCUUCUGGACUUCGGUGGUCUCAGCCUUAACCUUUUCUGGAACUUCUACAAUAAACUCAGGGAGAUUGAAGGAGAGGAGGUGUUGAAAAGCAGAGUUCUCCUGCUUCAGUUGAUGCAGAACUGUUUCCCCAUGCUGCCAAACCCCACGGAGCCCCAGGACACAGAGGGGAGUAAAGACCCAGAGGAAGGAGCCUCUGCAGAAGCAGGUCCAUCAGUGUUUAGCAGCAGGGAUCCUCCGGGUCUCUCUGAGGCCGUAUCAGAGCUCUACGCUCACCUCUGUCACAUUGUCGACGGUCCAGAGGGAGAGACGACAAUGGAGAAGAUUUUACACAAAGAAGCGGUUAAGGCCAUUCUGAAUGGAGCUGCCGUUUUCUUCCCCGAUAAACUCAACAGGCGGGAUAAACUCUUUCACAUGAUGAAAAAUAUAAGUGAGGACGAUCAGCCAGAGUCUGUGAAGGUGACAUUUGAAUCUCUUUGUAAUUAUUUCAGUAACCAGGAUCCCAGCGGCCUUCUGCUGCUGCCGCCCAAAGGAGCUCCUUCAGACUUCGACAUCAGCCCCAUACUGUUAGUCAUGGAGACGCUGCUGCUUGUCGCCUCCAGAGAGUGUGAGGUUCUGAUGGUGGAUGGAAGGACUGGAGCCAGCAGGACAGUGCUGCUGUCCUUGUUCUGGGCGCUGCAGGGCAGCUUGCUCUCCUGGUGCUACCUGCAGCUCAACAGUGGAACCUCCACGGCUGCUGCUUCUGAGCUGGCCAGAGACAUCCUCCUAAAAUAUGUGGAUCAAUUCCUUGGAAGUAUCAGUGCUGUGCUGGGUUCCCUUCUUGAAAGGUUCACCAGCAGUGAAAUUACAGACAAACUGGGCAGCUCCAUCCUGGCCACAGUCUUCAGACAGAUGAUGAUUUUCCUCCUGGAGCUGUGUUUUUUGGACAUCCCUCACAGUGUGCUGCUGAAGAGCUUCUCCUCGCUGGUGGAGCUCAUCAAAAAACUGUCGAGUGACACGGGAGACAUCUUCUCUAAGGUGGAUCAAGAAAGCUCGCACCAGCCCCAGAAGCCGGUGGUGCUCAGGACCUGGAACAUGGAGUCCCCUCACAACUACGAGAACAGCCGACAUGAGACCACCGUCUUCGCUUGUCCCGGUGCAACCUCGUUCGAGGUGGAGUUUGACGAACGCUGUGAGACAGAGAAGAGAUAUGACUAUCUAGAAUUCACCGACUCCAGAGGCGGGAAGGUGCGCUACGAUAUGAAGGUUGGAAGUGAAAAAUGGCCAAAGAAGGUGACGUUCGACACUGGCCCUCAGCUGCAGUUCUUGUUCCACUCCGAUAGCAGCAAUAAUGAGUGGGGUUACAAGUUCACUGUGACGGCGCUGGGUCUGCCAGAUAUCACCAUUUCCUGGAUGUCAGACCUGCAGCUGCUGGUGGCUCGUCUCAUGGGUCGCCUGGCAUCCAGAACCCUGGCGCUGAAAUCCCCCCACGAGAUCCGCAGUGUGAAGGAGCUUCCUCCAGGAAAGAUGUUACACGUUCAGGCUUCACCUUUAUGGAAGCCCAUCCUGCGACACGGCUUGUGUGAAACACGGGACAGGAACACGGCGAGAACAGCCCCUGAGCAGUCGGACGCAUCAAGUUCAGAUGAGAUGUUGUUCUUCCUGGAGGACUUUGCCCGUUGGAACCCUUCACAGGAACCAUCAGACCACAAAGCAGAGCUAAUGCGGACCCUCGUGCAGGCUUGCAGAAAGCACCCAAUGAGCAGUGAGAUUGUGGCGGGAUCAAAGGUGGACCAGGCUGUGAACGCCAUCUGGGCGGCCAUGGUUUACCACACGCCGGCCCUCAACCAGGCGCUGAAGUCAUACGUUAAUCAAGAUUGCAAGUCCUUUCUGUGUGAAGAAUUUGUGCAGGUUUACCUUCUGGCUGACAGCAUCAGAACCUGGAUGCUGGAGAUGAAGCAGCGAUACCUGGUCGGCAAAAUGAACACAUAUGAUGAUAAAGAAGGCAGUCAGGAAGAGGUUACCAUAGACUCGCUGGCUGAGAUGUGCAUCGAGAAGAGCCUCUUGCUGUUUCGCUUUGCCCCGUGUGGAAGAUCCUGUCAGGGUGGCGAGCCGUCUAAAGCGCCAGAGGGCAGCGUCUCUCCGCUGCUCCGCUCCAAAUCCGUGUCAGAAGGAGACUUCCAGCCCAGCACCUCACUGGGUCCGCAGCCGGGCCUACCUGACGACGCCAGGCAGGGACAGAGCCAGCCGAACCCUGAGAACCACAGGGGAGGCCAUGGCGAGCUCUCAGAGGGUCUCCUCUCCCAGCCCAAGGAGCCGGCCUCCCCUUCCACUUUCCCCCGUAAAGCGCCGUUCAGUCGCUCUCGCCUUCGCCUGCUCUCCUGCCGCUCCCUUGAGGAUUCCAACAUUGUGCCCUCUGUCAAAGAGCGCUACCCGAUCCUGAAACACAUCCUGAACUUCAUGAAGGAUCAGGCUCUCACUACAGCAAGCAUCCUCCACACCCUGGCCCUGAACACAGCGCAGGCCCUGAGUGUGUGCAAGGUGCUGGAGACGAUUCAGCAGUGUCUGCGUUCUCUGGGGCAGCCGCACCUCUUCCAGCCUCCCUGCAUCCUGUUCCUGCAGGAGCUGCUGGCGUGUCAGAAGGACUUCACCAGUUAUUUCUCUCAGUUAUCGGACAGCGGGGAGAAACUGGGAGAGGAGGUCAGACGCUCUUACCACCAGCUGGUUCUCAUGCUGGUGGAGGCCAUGCAGGCUUUCAACGAUCUCAACGAGAAAGCUCUGCUCCCAGCCCUGUCGUGUGUGCAGAGCUGCUUUCUGCACCUCCUAGACAUGAACUGGGAGGUGCAGGACCUGCCUCUCUUCCUGAGCAUAAAGCUUCCAGACCUCCUUUUCGCCAUGUCCCAGGAGAACAUCAGCGUUCACGACAUCGCCAUCAGUCAGUGGACAGAGGAGGACGAAAUCGCAGACUACAAGAAGAACCAGGAAUGGAUGGAUGAGUGUAUGGAUGGCAUGUUUGAAAAGUGGUACGACAAGAUCGAUGAAGAGGACUCCAUGGAGGACAGGAGGAAGAUGCACAUGUUCAUCGCCCGCUACUGUGACCUACUGAAUGUGGUGAUCUCCUGUGAUGGCUGUGAGAGGAUGGCUCCCUGGCAUCGUUAUAGAUGUCUGCAGUGCAUGGAUAUGGACCUCUGCAAGACCUGCUUUCUCAGUGGAGCCAAGCCUGAGGGCCACGAGGAUGAUCAUGAAAUGGUCAACAUGGAGUACGCCUGUGAUCACUGCCAGGGCCUGAUUGUUGGCAGCAGGAUAAACUGUAACGUCUGUGAGGACUUUGACUUGUGCUUCGGUUGCUACAAUGCAAAGAAAUAUCCUGACAGCCACUUGCCCACCCAUCGCAUCACCGUGUAUCCUAUGGUGACCAUACGGAUCAGCGACCGCCACCGCCUCAUCCAGCCUUACAUCCACAACUACUCCUGGCUCCUGUUUUCCGCUUUGUCUCUGUAUACGUCUGAGCUGAGCAGUGAGAGGCAAGUGGAGGGAGAAUGUUUGGACGGCAAAGCCCUGGAACUGGCUUCAACGCUGCAGACUCAAUGCUCCCAACUUAUCACCGACUGCCUGCUCAAAGGUCAGACGGGCAAAGGCCUCCGCUCCUCCAACUUGCUUGCUCUGCUGUCCUCUAAUGAAUCGGUGUCAGAGAGCGAGCUGGGUCCGGCAUCUCCUCAGACCUCCCAGGAGCUGAGUUCAGCCACAGACGCCUCCUCGCUUCCAGGCAGCACCGCAGCAGUCUGCUCUCCCUCGUCUCCUAAGGAAAAGCUAAAGGACAAAACUGCAGAGGAGCUGAGUAUUCCUCCUGACCUACCCAUGCAACCAGAUGGAGAUAAAAAGCAGCUGGUUGCUCAGGACACCCUAGACUCAGCGUCAGGAUCAGGACCAGGGACACUCAACUCCCCGGCAUCAGAUGUUGUCAAGGAGACGGAUGAGAGGCUGCCGCAGGUUCCCCUGCAGGAGCACGUGUUUUCUGAGUGCUCCAGAGAGAGGAUCGUAGGACUGCUGGCAGCCAUGCUCCCAUCAGCAAAGCCAGUAUGUCAAGCUAAAGGCUUUUACAGGGACAGCAGCCUCAGUCUGUCCAGCCUGAGCUCCAUCCUGCCACACCUUUUCAGAGCAGUUAUUUCCAACGCCGGCUCUCUGAACGAGACCUACCAUCUCUCCCUCGGCCUCCUGGGUCAGCUGCUACUUCGAAUCGCUCCGGCGGAAGCAGACGGCGCCGUCACAGAGGCGCUGGCGGACAAAUACGAGCUGCUGACACAAGGAGACAGCGCUUGUUCAGACACUCAGGGCUGGAAGACCACCCAGCUGCUGUUCAGCCUCGGGGCGGUCUGUCUAGACAGCCGUAUCGGUCUGGAUUGGGCGUGCACGGUGGCAGACAUCUUACACACUCUUAACACCUGUCCUGAUUGGAGCACGGUCAUCGCUGCCUUCACUGACCACUGCAUCCAGCAGCUUCCCCAGACUCUAAAACGGACCAACCUUUUCACCCUGCUGGUGCUGGUGGGCUUCCCUGAGGUCCUCUGUGUGGGCACCCAGACGGUGUUCAUCGACAACGCCAACGAGCAGCACAACAUGAUCCUGCUGAAACACUUCACAGAGAAGAACCAUGCUGCAGUGGUAGACGUUAAGACACGCAAGAGGAAAACCGUGAAGGAUUACCAGCUUAUCCAGUCCCAGGAUUCAACGACAGCCAGUCUCCCAGCUCAGACAGGGAGUCAAAGCUGCCAAAAGACUCUUCUGAGUCGCUACCUGACCAAUUUCACCUCCAUAAUUGGUCAUUUAUUACAAGCGAACCAGGAUAACGGCUUUCCUGAUGCUGUGGAGGCUUCCUGGGUGCUUUCUCUGGCCCUCAAAGGUCUUUACAACACACUGAAGAAGCAUGGCGUGGAGCACGCACACGAGGCCAUCCAGCAGUCCGGGCUGACCCAGCUGCUCGUCAGGAAGUGCAGCAAAGGGACGGGCUUCAGCAAGCUGUGGCUGCUGCGAGACCUGGAGAUCCUCUCCAUCAUGCUGUACUCCUCCAAAAGGGAGAUUCACUCCAUGGCUCAGGACCCCGAGCGGGACCAAAGGGAGCAGGACAAGGAGCACGACUCAGACCACUCCUGCGGCGGCGUAGAUGAGGUCGACGCCAACAAGCCCGACCCAUUGGAAGGUCUCGAUGAGGAGACGAAGAUUUGCUUCCUGAUCACCCAUGAUGCCUUAAAUGCUCCCCUGCCGAUUCUGCGAGCCAUGUAUGAGCUGCAGAUGAAGAGGACGGACUCCUUCUUCCUGGAGGUGCAGAAGAGGUUUGAUGGAGAAGAGAUCAAAACGGAUGAGAGCAUCAGGACUCUGGCUCAGAAAUGGCAGCCUUCCAGGAGGCCUCGCUGUGAGGAGAGAAACACCAAAGCUGUGGACACUGACAUGAUAGUGAUUUCCUGCAUGUCUAAACCCAGCCACUGUGAAAAGGCCACAGAGGAAAUCAAUGUUGUGGCCCAAAAGCUCAUCACCAAUUCAGAGAGCGACUUGCAGCUCAGCUACGCCAAACAGAGGCGCUCCAAAAGCUCCGCUCUCCUUCACAAGGAGCUGGACGUCCGCAGCAACCGGGCAGUUCGUCAAUACCUGGUGAAGGUCAACCAAGCCAUCGCCACGCUUUACGCUCGCCACGUCCUGGCCUUGCUGUUGGCCGACUGGCCCGCGGAGGCGCCGCUGAGCGAGGAGGCGCUGGAGCUGAACGGGGCCUCGCACAUGGCUUACAUCUUGGACAUGCUGAUGCAGCUGGAGGAGAGACCCCUCUGGGAGAAGAUUCUGCAGAGGGUGCUGAAGGGCUGCAGCCAGAGCAUGCUGUCCAGUCUGUCUCUCACCGCUUGCCAGUUCAUGGAAGAGCCGGGAAUGGCUGUACAGGUCAGAGAGUCCAAACACCCAUAUGACAACAACACCAACUUUGAGGUAAGUGGAUCGUUUUGGCGACAUAUAAACUUCACAAGUUCUAUAUUGUGAGUCUAACAGUAGGAUUAACAAAUAAAACAUGAGAACUGGUGCCUCUCAACUGGAAAAUUGAAUUUAUACAUUUAAAGAAACAGGACACAUCUUUAUAGACACUUGCUUAUUGUGUGGUAAUGUUGAUUAUGGUUUAGAGCUGAGCUAAAACUAUAAAUUUACUUUUUAAUAAUAUUCAACUC